UCUUCUACUUCCGGGUGUAGGGACGUAGGCGGCGAGAGUGUUACGACGGAUCGAUUACUUUUGACUUGCGGAGGCCUAUCAGUCGAGGGCCGGGCCCUUAGAGCGGGUGCUGAGUCUACAGCUUCACCUGAGAAGGCUCCGGGGGCCGCGCUGGGGCCGCUGCGAAGACGGCUAAGCCGGCCGCAGCUUCAGCCAUGGUUGCGCCCGCGGUGUUGCGCGCCCUCCGUAAGAACAAGACGCUUCGCUACGGAGUCCCCAUGUUGUUGCUGGUUGUUGGAGGUUCUUUUGGUCUUCGUGAGUUUUCACAAAUCCGAUAUGAUGCUGUGAAGAUUAAGAUUGAUCCUGAAUUGGAGAAAAAGUUGAAAGUGAACAAAAUAACUUUAGAGUCAGAGUAUGAGAAAAUAAAGGACUCUACUUUUGAAGACUGGAAGAAUAUUCGAGGUCCGAGGCCUUGGGAAGAUCCUGAACUCCUCCAAGGACGAAACCCAGAAACUCUUAAGUCUAAGGCAACUUGAGUGUGCUUACUUCUUUCCAAUAAAAUGUUUUCAACAGGACCUGUAGGAAGAAGCAGAAAGAUUUCAGACCUGUGCAAUUCAAACCUGGUUGUGAUGGCAGAAAAUUUUUUUUAUUAAAAAGUCAAAUAUGCCUGUA